AUGGCUUCUCUUUUCUUAACAGUUUCACUUCUAUUGGCAGCUUUCUCUUCUUCUCUUGUAGAGGCUGCCUACAGUAAUGGUUACACUUACACCAUUCCCAAACUAUCACUAAAUCCCAUCGAUUCUUGCUGGCGUAGAAACCCUGGUUGGGCGUAUAACCGUCGAGCCCUUGCGGAUUGCGCGGUAGGGUUUGGGAAAGCUGCGGUCGGGGGGAAAUACGGGUCGGUUUACGUGGUUACAAACCCAACAGACGACCCUGAAAACCCCAGACCCGGAACUCUUAGACACGCGGUGAUCCAAGCCAAACCACUAUGGAUCACGUUCGCACGUGACAUGGUCAUAGUAUUGCAAAACGAACUCAUCAUGAACAGCUACAAGACGAUUGAUGGAAGAGGAGCAAAAGUGGAAAUUGCUUAUGGGCCAUGCAUAACGAUCCAGCAUGUAAGUCAUGUCAUUAUACAUGGGAUAAGUAUCCAUGAUUGUAAACCGGGUAAGUCGGGUCGGGUGCGGAGCAGCCCCACUCAUAUUGGCAACCGGAAAGGAUCGGAUGGUGACGCAAUAGCCAUUUUUGAUUCUUCACAUAUUUGGAUUGAUCAUUGUCACUUUUCUCGGUGUCAAGAUGGUUUGAUCGAUGUGCUUCAUGCUUCUACGGCCGUCACUAUUUCUAAUAACUACUUCACGCAGCAUGAUAAAGUGAUGUUACUCGGACAUAAUGACAAUAAUGUGGAGGAUAAGAUCAUGAGAGUUACAAUUGCAUUCAACCAUUUUGGUCCAGGUCUCAUUGAGAGGAUGCCAAGGGUGAGGAGAGGGUAUGCGCACGUAGCUAACAAUAGGUACGAAAAAUGGCAAAUGUAUGCGAUCGGAGGAAGUGCUGAUCCAACCAUCUUUAGUGAAGGCAAUUACUUCGUUGCUCCUGAUGACUCUAGCAAAAAACAGGUGACAAAGAGAAUAGAUAGUGGAUAUGAUUGGAGGAGAUGGAAAUGGAGAACGUCCAAAGACGUUUUCAAGAACGGAGCUUACUUCGUGCCGUCUGGAUACGGAACCGUCACGCCGUUGUACAAAAGAGCGGAGUGGUUUCCGGUGUCCCACGGCUCUCUAGUCCCAUCUCUUACUUCUUCCGCCGGUCCUCUCCGUUGCUACUCUGGAAGGAUUUGCUAA